AUAAAUACUGUGUGCACAUGUGUCUCCUUAAAAGAAUUCAAGAGUUUUCCUUUUGUUCAGACAUUCAAAUAGUCUAUACAUUCAACAUGCUGGUGCAAAAGCUAAGCUGGAUCACUUUGUUGCUGUUUCUAUAUCAACAAGGUGCGGAAGCAAAAAGAACACUGAUCUGUGGAGGAGGGUCUGCGUACCUCAGCUGUGAGUUGGGAUACAUAAAGGUCAUUAAUGCCAACUAUGGGCGAACUGAUCACACAACAUGCGCUAGCGGGAAACCAACUAAUCAGAUCUCAAAUACACACUGCUUCCAAGAAACAUCCCUCUAUACAAUGUCCAAACGGUGUGAUGGAAGAAGGACCUGUUCUGUUCUUGCAGAGAGCUCUGUUUUCUCUGAUCCUUGUUUUGGGACUUAUAAGUAUCUGGAUGUAACUUAUGACUGUAUCCCAGCAAAAAGAAGUAUAAUCUGCGAAGAAACCCAAAGCAUCAUUAUCUGUGACACUGGCACUAUUCAUGUUCAUCAUGCCAAUUAUGGACGUCGGGAUCUUAUAACCUGCCCUCAUAAAUUAGCAACCUCGCCACACUGUUACUCUCCUCAGACCAGCAGCCUGCGUUCCAGGUGCGAUGGGAGGACGUCUUGUCAUCUACAUGCUUCAAGUUAUGACUUCUCUGAUCAAUGUUGGGAUGUCUAUAAGUAUUUGGAAGUGACGUACACCUGUAAAUAAUAUUGUGAUUAUCCCGGGCUAUAUUAUAGAUGUUAAAUGCACGCUAAUGUAGUUUUUGGUCUAUUCAUUCAUUCCUCAGCAAGACCAAACAAAACAAUAUGUUGAAUUAUGGGUUAAUCUUAAAAUAAAUGAAUGAUUAUAAUGAAUGAGUGAUAACUAUUAUUGAUCAUGUGUCAACAAACAAGAAUAAUGGAAGCUAAGAUGUUUCCAAAAAGUGAAAAAAAAAAAAUGGCUUCAUGUUGUAAAUACAUAGUAUACUUUUUCAUGAUUUUUUCUUCUUUUAACUUUGUAUUGACUUUGUGGUAUUCUAAAUCUGUUUUAUUUUCAUCAUUUAUGUUAAACUGUAAGGCUGGAAGCUUACAGUGUUAUUUUGAACCAAUAAAUUGUAACAAAAGGCA